AUGACAACCAAAUCAAACAGCAAUGAUCUGGGUGGCAAGGCCUCGUCCUCUCCUCUGCUCUCUUCGCCAGCCCGCCAGCGCCUGGUCACCAAAGACGGCCACUGUGCCCUUCGUCCUCCCCGGUGCGCCUCGGGGUCGCGACCCGGCACUUCGGCCCGGGCCUGGCUGCUGGCGCUGCGUGACGUCUGGGGUUUGGUGGUGGGUCUGCGCUGGCGAUGGGUCCUGCUGGCCUUCUGCGUCUCCUUCCUGGCCCACUGGCUGCUGUUUGCCUGCCUCUGGUACCUGCUGGCCCACCUGAACGGAGACCUGGCCGUGCGGGACCACGACGCGCCGCCGGAGGGCCACGUGGUCUGCGUCAAGCACAUCACCAGCUUCACCGCCGCCUUCUCCUUCUCCCUGGAGACGCAGCUGACCAUCGGCUAUGGCACCAUGUUCCCCAGCGGAGACUGUCCCAGCGCCAUAGCACUGCUGGCUGUGCAGAUGCUGCUGGGCCUCAUGCUGGAAGCUUUCAUCACAGGUGCAUUUGUGGCCAAAAUUGCCCGUCCUCAAAAACGAGCAGGAGCCAUCCAGUUCAGCCCUCAGGCGGUGGUGGGCCAGCACCAGGGCCAAACUUGCCUCAUGCUGCGAGCCACCAACCUGCUGCAUCGCCCCCUGGUGGAUGUGAAGGUGAGUGCUGUGCUCUAUGAGGAGCGUGAAGGUCAGGCCCUGCACCAGACCUCUCUGGAUUUCCAGCUGGACCAUCUGGGCCUACACCCCUGCCCCUUCUUCAUUUUCCCCCUCACCUUCUACCACCCCCUGGACCGUCGCAGCCCCCUCUAUCCAGCCCUGUGCGAGGGCAUGUCCAACCACUUUGAGCUGGUGGUGUUCCUGUCUGCCUCGCAGGAGGGAACCGGAGACUCCUGCCAGAAGAGGACCUCCUACCUCCGCCAAGAGAUCCAGUUUGACCGCCGCUUCGUCCCAGCCCUGGGGCUGGACGCCCGGGGGAGGUACAAGGUGAACGCCCAGCACUUUGACACAGCUCACUCAAAGGAGCCUUUGGACAAGGAUUGUGUGGUGCAGAUCAACGGUGACGGCAAUGACAGGAUGGAGUAAAGGAGGCAUUAGAGGAGGCUUCAGUGAGACAGGAGGGUAAGAGGUAGUGUGGAAGACCAAUAAGAACUGUGAUCAGGCAGGAUGAAUGGAAAUGGCAGAUAUAUGGAAGUAUGGCAGGAAUAGCUAAAGUGUGGAAAAUACCAAAAGGUGGGGACAGAACACAAUGACUCUACUAUCAUCCGUGUAAAAGGGCAUUCAUGUUGCGGAUCAAGGAUUUCUUCCAUUGAUGUUUAUGGACUAGCCACAGAUCUGCUGGAUUAGACUAUGGACUACCAAUCUGAGAUGUCAGUUACCAAAAGGAUCACAUGGGGAAAAAAUCCACUGUUAAUAUUAAGCUGCUAUGGUUAUUCAGUGGCGGUUCUUCUGAACAAAGACUUAAAUGUCUUAAGUUCCCUUAAAUUGAGCUAUCUAACUUUAGACUGACAUGCCACAAUAAUUCAUUCAUUCAUUUUCCAAGCCGCGUAUCCAAUUAGGGUUGCGGGUA